AUGGCUUCUUUAAAAUCACGAUCUGAGCUUAUUGAUCUUCUAAAGUCUAUUUUGGAAGCUCGAAAUGAGACGAACUGGGAAAGACUUGAAUCCUUGUUCCAGCCGAGCAUGUUGAUCGACACAACCACACAGCAACGCGAUGACUUCAUCGCAAACCUUCAGGCUGCCACUGGAGUCUCGGUGAAACUCGACAGUUGUGUGGUGGAUGUCAAUGCUCAAGCCGUUGCAGCAAGAGUCGUCAAGACUGAAUCGCUACCGGAUGGUGAACGGUGUGAGUAUCAGGAAAUCAUCCUCACAUGGUUUGUCGAUGGUCGCUUGGCAACUCUCAAACGACUCAAAGAUGAAGACUCUCGCUCCGCCAAACAAAACACAACCCCUUCUCUGUUGGAAGAACUGAAACCUACAUCUCUUGACCUUGAAGCAUUGUACCGCGAGUACAUCAAGAGUAUCAACGACAAGACCAUGGAAGCAAACUUUGACAAGUUCUGUCAACCAUCGGUGACGCAUAAUACCGUGGUAAAGACUAUCGCAGAGUACAUUUCUCUGAUUUCAGAGAGUCAAAGUGCAAUCCAAGGUCUGUACUUCAACAUUCAGGAUCUCAUCGUCGAUAAGGAUGCAGGGAGAGUUGCGGCCAGAUUGGAGUUUACUGGUGUUCCUGUCCAGACUUGGGGUGGUGCUAAGCCCAAUGGCAAGACUGUCAAGUUUCAUGAGCAUGUAAUGUAUUGGCUUAACGAAGGCAAGAUUCACUGGGUUUGGUCUGUUGUUGAUUUGGAUACGUAUCGAAAGCAGCUUCAGCAGACAGAUUAG